AUGCCCUGGGAAUACCGGGCUCGGCGCUCCCGGGCUCGGGCUCGGGCUCGGGGAGAGCGGCACGCUCGGCUCCCGGGCCCUCCCCCUCUGUCCCUCGGCGCUCCCUCCUUCUCUCUCCCCCUCCCACCAACCUGUUACUCCCCUCCGGAGCUCCACCUUCAUUGGCCGUCACCACCCGCCCCGCCCUACCCUCCCUCCGGUUGGUCCGUUUCCCGCGAGGGGCGGGGCCGCCGCCGCCGAGACCCGGACCCGGGGUCGCCAGCCGGGUGGCUGGCCGCCCUUGACCGGCCCCUGCCCGGGCCCUGGACUGGGAGCCGCCCGCCAGAGCAUCUUCUCGCCUCAGCUGCGGAGCAGUGCCCCGCCUGCCGGGUUCUCGGCCGGAACCUCCGUCCAGACUCCCUUCUGCCCUUCCCCUACCUCCGCAUAAAGCAGAAUACUCUUCGGUCGCAUCCUGCGGAAGAUACCUUCCCGGCCCCCAGACGUCAGCAGCCCCUCCACUUCAGCUCCGUCUCCCUUUUUCCCAACCUGAGCCGGAUCCCAAUCUUGGAUUCUCCUCCCUCAUCUCCUGGCCUCCACAAACAUUCAGCCUGGCACCUUUUUCUUCAUAGUCACCUCUUCUGCACUCUUAAUAUGGCUCCCUUCACGGAGUCGGAGGCCAAAAGAGCAUCAUGACAAAAAGAAAUGAUCCAAAAAAAGACG